GAGCUGCGUCACGUGUGGGAAAGAAAGCGAGGGCGGGGCGCGGAGUGCAGAGGGGCGGGGAGUGGCGACGCGGCCAUGGCGGCUCCGGAGCCGUUGUCCCCAGCGGGCGGCGCGGGCGAGGAGGCGCCAGAGGAUGACGAUGACGAGGCGGAGGCCGAGGACCCGGAGCGUGCGGCUGGAGCGGGCGGCGGGCGCAGUGGAGGCGGCGGCGGAGGCGGCUCCGGGGCUGGGGGCUGUGGCGGGCCGGGGGGCGCGCUCACCAGGCGCGCGGUCACGCUGCGGGUACUCCUUAAAGACGCGCUGUUGGAGCCUGGCGCUGGGGUGCUCUCCAUUUACUACCUGGGGAAGAAGUUCAUGGGGGACCUACAGCCAGAUGGGAGGAUUGUAUGGCAGGAAACCGGCCAGGUCUUCAACUCACCCAGUGCCUGGGCCACCCACUGCAAGAAGCUGGUGAACCCAGCAAAGAAGUCGGGCUGCGGCUGGGCCUCUGUCAAGUAUAAAGGCCAGAAACUGGACAAGUACAAGGCCGCCUGGCUCCGGCGGCACCAGCUCCACAUGCCUGCAGCUACUGUGGAUGAGAGCCCGGCCAGCGAAGGGGAGGAGGAGGAGUUGCUAAUGGAGGAAGAGGAAGAGGAGGUUCUGGCCGGGGUCUCAGUGGAGGACAAGAGUCGGAGGCCCCCGGGAAAGGGCCCAUCAGAGGCUUCCCACAUGGAGGCCAUACCCUCUGGGAAGCGGGUGGAGAACAAAGUACGGGUACCAGUCCGCUACUGCAUGUUGGGGAGUCGUGACUCCGCCAGGAACCCUCACACCCUGGUGGAAGUAACAUCCUUUGCAGCGGUCAACAAGUUCCAGCCGUUCAACGUGGCAAUUUCCAGCAAUGUGCUAUUCCUACUGGACUUCCACAGCCACCUGACUCGGAGCGAGAUCGUGGGUUACCUGGGGGGCCGCUGGGACACCAACAGCCAGAUGCUCACUGUGUUGCGAGCCUUCCCCUGUCGUAGCCGGCUUGGGGAUACCGACACCGCAGUUGCCAUCGAAGAGGAGAUUUGUGGGUUGUUCCUCCACCUUGCCCUGGACUUGGUGACAGUGGGGCAGGAUGCCCAGAUUUACCAGAGCCUGUUCCUGCGGGGUCUGUCCCUGGUGGGCUGGUACCACAGCCACCCACACAGCCCAGCACUACCCUCGCUGCAGGACAUAGACACGCAGAUGGACUACCAGCUGCGGCUGCAGGGCUCCAGCAAUGGCUUCCAGCCCUGCCUCGCCCUCCUCUGCUCUCCUUACUACUCUGGCAACCCAGGCCCUGAGUCCAAGAUUGCACCCUUCUGGGUGAUGCCCCCUCCUGAGCAAAGGCCAAGUGACUAUGGUAUCCCCAUGGAUGUGGAGAUGGGCUACAUCCAGGACAGCUUCCUGACCAAUGACAUCCUGCACGAGAUGAUGCUGCUGGUGGAGUUCUACAAGGGUGCCCCUGACCUGGUGAGGUUCCAGGAGCUCUGGGACCAGGAGCACACCUACCUGGACAAGCUCAAGCAGGAGGUGCAGGCUGAGAUCUGAUUUCAUGUUGGAGCCUAAUUCUUUGGCAAUUCUGUACAAAGUGGAAGAGAGAAGCUGGCCUUGUGACUUGGCUUCUUUGUAGCUGGCUGGCCUCAAGGCUGGGGGACCUGUGCAUAAGGGCUCAGCCACCAUCUGAGUUACGUCUUCUUUAUAUCCAUGCUCUACUCCACUGCAUAGAAACACUGUCUUACAUGGUUCACUCUGUCCAGACUUUUACGGGGCUGGUGACUGCUGAUUCAAGAAGCUCUGGUGUCCAUGAGUGACUGAAACCCAGGCAGGCAGGGUGGCCAGAGCAGCAUCUGGAAUGUGCAGAUAAACUACAUACCCCCAAAUACAGCACCUGACAUUAUAAAAUAAGCCAGCUAGUCCUCUACUUAUGCAGUGUCCCCUUGAUGGAAAGUAGGCUGUGUUUUAGGCACACCACCUUCUACCUUAGCUUGGGUGUACCUUGCUCUGCCAGGCUGCUAUGUGUGGACAGUGGCCUCUGAAGGGCAGGACC